AUGACGAACCGAGAAACACAGGCGCCUAUAGUGCUAGGCGUUACGUGCACUUUCUGGUCCCUAGCUGUCAUUAUUGUCGUGCUUAGAGUAUUUGCGAGAACACGAGUCCUUAAGGCUUUAGGCCCUGACGACUGGUGGAUGCUGGCCGCUAUUCAUGUUAGUUUGAUACCUCGACUUCUGCAAAAACAAAUCAGUCUCUCAUAUUGCAUAGGGUGUAUGCAUGGAUUGGGAAAGCAUAUGAAAACAGUCGGAGAAUAUGACAUGGCCAUCUUCCUGAAGCUCAGCUACAUCGUUCCAGUGCAAUACCCUUUCGCUCUGGGAUUCGUCAAGAUGUCAGUCGUUAGCUUCUAUCUUCGCGUUUUUCCACAGAAAAUAUUCCGUCACAUCUGCUAUGUCGUUAUGGGUAUCGUUGCUGCAGCAACGCUAUCUAUCGCUUUCGCACAAGCAUUUGCUUGCAGGCCUAUAAGUGAUGCCUGGAAAGGCGCUCCUACUGGAUACUGUGUCAAUAGGGAAGCGUUACAAAUCGCAGGCAGUGUGAUAAAUCUCGCCACAGACUUAAUAGUCCUCAUGCUACCUUUGAAGUAUUUAUACGCUAUGGCCCUGGACAAAGCCCGACGAUACGGAAUUAUAGCCUUGUUUUCUUUGGGGUCAAUCACAUGCAUAGCUUCUGCGUACCGUCUCUCGACAAUUCCUGGCUUUUACGCAGGAGGUGACCAAACAUGGGACGCAUCCGGUCUCUGCAUCUGGUCCGGCAUUGAGAUCAACCUAUCAAUUAUCACGGCAUCUAUCCCAGCUAUAAAGACUUUGAUUUCAAACUGUAUGAAAAAGUCAUCUAAGAUUGGAUCUUCACGGAGCUAUGGAGCCUAUGUGACCUCGUCAAGCUCCAAGCGGCCGUUAGGGCGCGAAGAAGAUGGAUGGGAGCUUUUCGAGCGGGUGGAUGCGGUUCAUGUUAAAAGAGAUAUUCAUGUUCAAACUGAAAUGAAAGUGUAA